AGACGCGGCGCGAGUGGCCCCAGGCGGCUCAUCGCUCAACCGCCGCCCCCGCAGCGGAGGGGUCUGGGCGGGGGUCCGGCCGCAAAUAAAAGGGCCGCGAGGCGGGUGGGGGAUACGGCGGGCCACGGCGGCAGGAUGAGCGCGGCAGAUCGGAGUCACGCUGCGGGCGCGGUCCCCGACUCGGACCCGGGCCGGGCAGCGGUGGCCUCUGCCUACCAGCGCUUCGAGCCCCGCGCCUACCUCCGCAACAACUACGCGCCCCCUCGGGGGGACCUGAGCAACCCGGACAGCGUCGGGCUUUGGAAGCUGCGCUGCUUGGCGCAGACCUUCGCCACUGGUGAGGUGUCUGGACGCACCCUCAUUGACAUUGGUUCAGGUCCCACCAUAUACCAGCUGCUCAGCGCCUGCGCCCACUUUGAGGACAUCACCAUGACAGAUUUCCUGGAGGUGAACCGCCAGGAACUGGGGCUCUGGCUGCGGGAAGAGCCCGGGGCCUUUGACUGGAGCAUGUACAGCCAGCACGUCUGCCUCAUUGAGGGCAAGGGUGAGUCCUGGCAGGAGAAGGAGCGCCAGCUGCGAGCCAGGGUGAAGAGGGUCCUUCCCAUUGAUGUGCACCAGCCCCAGCCCUUGGGUGCUGGGAGCCUAGCGCCUCUACCUGCUGAUGCCCUGGUCUCUGCCUUCUGCCUGGAGGCUGUGAGCCCAGACCUCGCCAGCUUCCAGCGGGCCCUGGACCACAUCACUAUGCUACUGAGGCCUGGGGGGCACUUCCUCCUCAUCGGGGCCCUGGAGGAGUCGUGGUACCUGGCUGGGGAGGCCAGGCUGGCGGUGGUGCCAGUGUGUGAGGAGGAGGUGAGGGAGGCCCUGGAGCACAGUGGCUAUGAGGUGCGGGACUUGCGCACCUACAUCAUGCCUGCCCGCCUGCAGACAGGUGUAGACGAUGUCAAGGGCAUCUUCUUCACCUGGGCCCAAAAGAAGGUGGGGGUGUGAGGGCCCAGUGCACCCAGUGCUGACGGCCCUCACCCACCCAGAUUCCCUAUUAUCUGAAGUGGCACCUAAUAAAGAAAUAAGGCCCAGCUGCUGAGUGUCAGCACUGUCUGUGGCUCUCCUGGGAAG